AUGCACAAUAGGGACAAGUAUCAUGAAUUUGUCACAAAAUUCUUACAUCUGGCAGGUGAGGUCAAGAUUGUCAAAGAGGACUACAAGACAGACUUCAAUGACAAGCUAUUCUUUGAUCUUCAGAGGAUGAUGGCAGUAGUCAAUACAAUCAUCAAUACAUAUGCUGAGUUUCAGAAGAUCUGUGCUCAGGCAGCUCACACUCUCCAGACAAUCAAUGUCACUCAGAAGUCAAAGAGCUUGCAGAGAAAUGAGUUUAAUAUCUUCAAGCAAAACACUCUCACCUUGGCCACAAAAUCCCCUAUCAUAAAGAAAGCCUUGAGUGCUUGUCCAGAUAUUCAGUGCUACUACUGCAAGGAGAAAGAUCACAUUGUCAGAAAUUGCCCUGUGAAGCAGAAGUCUCAACAGAUGAUCACUGAGCUCACAGAGAAUGACACUUCUAAGCCUUCAGCAGAUUUGAAAAAAGAACUGCACAUUGACUCUAAACCUCUGAGUGAAUGGUCAGAGAUUCUGGAAUGUUCCCCUGCUGGUGAUGGACCUAGGCCAGUACUCUGUCAUCCUGGGAUGAAAGUGAUGACAGAGUCAAUGCUGAAGAUAGUGUCUCAAUCAAUACUGAAGCAUCCAGACCCUAAGUCUGAGCAUCAGGCAGAUGUGAAACAAAGAGAGAUCAAACUGGACAAGGAGAUCAGACAGGAGCAUCAGGCUCAGCUCUGCAGAUUGAAAGGGACCAGCUCAGUCAUGACACCUAAGACAAGGCAGAGACUGACCUGA